AUGAACGCGAUUAUCAACAGCGAUGGGUCAUUGGGAGUCAUUUUGAAUCUCCAGACUGAACGCUGGCAAGAAACUCCAACUCUGGAGCUCGACACGCCACGAAGUUCUGAUGCCCAGGAUCAAGUUAGAGAUUACUUGCACAAAAUGGACCUGGAGGCCGACUUGGCCCCAAAAGCACAAGAGAUUGUUUUGCAGCGUCUUCAAAUGCUGUUUCAGAGCAAGAUCGAAGACAUGGCUGUGCAAUUGCCGCACCUACGGUCAGAGACUACAGUCCGAGUUAAAUUGGUGGUGUCCAAAUUUCGGAUACGUGAGUUUUUUGAACUAGAAAGGGGGGCAACUAUCGCUGCGCUUUCUAACGAGCCCGAGAAAGCUAUUCUCAUUUUCAGUGACACGUACCACAGUGUCAUGGUAGAAUGCCCGUUGGAGGUGAAUUUUCUGCAAAAUUUAUGCCCUGAGGGCGCGUGCAUGCUUUUGCCGCGCGAGUUGGUGCACUCGAUACGCACAAAAAACAUCGAUUUGAAAGCUUCGCUUGUUUCUCUCAAUUCCAGGUCCGUGACGAUUAAAAGCUUGAGUUUCGAGCUUGUAAUCGAAGAUAUGCGUAGACUUGCAGAGAGUCCUUUUUACCAGUGCCCUCCUCGACGCUGGCGAGCAGUCGCUCCCCGAGAGAUGCUGGAUAUCUAUAGAGCGGCGCCUGUGGUGUUGGGGAUGCGAAAGAAGGAAGUGAUCACACAUAAUGUGACUUUGAACAAGCCGGAGGUUACUUUUCUUAUUGGACACCAGGGCACCACAAUCCAACAAAUCAGACAAGAGUCCGGUGCAACAAUCAAGGUUAUUCCUAUUGCAGCACGACUGACAGUCGAGCAGCUAAAUAGCCCGAAGUGCGUUGAGCAGCAUUUGAGUAUCACUGGCGAUAUAAUUUCGGUGACAAAAGCCGUGUGCCUCAUUGAUGCUAGAUUGGCGCUGUAUCGGGAUUGA